AUGGCCAGAUUCCCACCAUCAGGAGAUUUUCAUGCAACAUCUCCUGUGGACCUGAAUGAACUGGACCAACUGGACCUGAAUGAACUGGACCAACUGGACCUGAAUGAACUGGACCAACUGGACCUGAAUGAACUGGACCAACUGGACCUGAAUGAACUGGACCAACUGGACCUGGAUGAACUGGACCAACUGGACCAACUGGACCUGAAUGAACUGGACCAACUGGACCUGAAUGAACUGGACCAACUGGACCUGAAUGAACUGGACCAACUGGACCUGAAUGAACUGGACCAACUGGACCUGAAUGAACUGGACCAACUGGACCUGAAUGAACUGGACCAACUGGACCUGAAUGAACUGGACCAACUGGACCAACUGGACCUGAAUGAACUGGACCAACUGGACCUGAAUGAACUGGACCAACUGGACCUGAAUGAACUGGACCAACUGGACCUGAAUGAACUGGACCAACUGGACCUGAAUGAACUGGACCAACUGGACCUGGAUGAACUGGAUGAACUGGACCAACUGGACCUGAAUGAACUGGACCAACUGGACCUGAAUGAACUGGACCAACUGGACCUGGAUGAACUGGACCAACUGGACCUGAAUGAACUGGACCAACUGGACCUGAAUGAACUGGACCAACUGGACCUGAAUGAACUGGACCAACUGGACCUGAAUGAACUGGACCAACUGGACCUGAAUGAACUGGACCAACUGGACCUGGAUGAACUGGACCAACUGGACCUGAAUGAACUGGACCAACUGGACCUGAAUGAACUGGACCAACUGGACCUGAAUGAACUGGACCAACUGGACCUGAAUGAACUGGACCAACUGGACCUGGAUGAACUGGAUGAACUGGACCAACUGGACCUGAAUGAACUGGACCAACUGGACCUGGAUGAACUGGACCAACUGGACCUGAAUGAACUGGACCAACUGGACCUGGAUGAACUGGACCAACUGGACCUGGAUGAACUGGACCAACUGGACCUGAAUGAACUGGACCAACUGGACCUGAAUGCGGCACGGCGGUAUAUAAAUAAAGAUUACUUACUUACUUACUUACUGAAUGAACUGGACCAACUGGACCUGAAUGAACUGGACCAACUGGACCUGAAUGAACUGGACCAACUGGACCUGAAUGAACUGGACCAACUGGACCUGGAUGAACUGGACCAACUGGACCUGGAUGAACUGGACCAACUGGACCUGAAUGAACUGGACCAACUGGACCUGAAUGAACUGGACCAACUGGACCUGAAUGAACUGGACCAACUGGACCUGGAUGAACUGGACCAACUGGACCUGAAUGAACUGGACCAACUGGACCUGGAUGAACUGGACCAACUGGACCUGGAUGAACUGGACCAACUGGACCUGAAUGAACUGGACCAACUGGACCUGAAUGAACUGGACCAACUGGACCUGGAUGAACUGGAUGAACUGGACCAACUGGACCUGAAUGAACUGGACCAACUGGACCUGGAUGAACUGGACCAACUGGACCUGAAUGAACUGGACCAACUGGACCUGAAUGAACUGGACCAACUGGACCUGAAUGAACUGGACCAACUGGACCUGAAUGAACUGGACCAACUGGACCUGGAUGAACUGGACCAACUGGACCUGAAUGAACUGGACCAACUGGACCUGAAUGAACUGGACCAACUGGACCUGAAUGAACUGGACCAACUGGACCUGAAUGAACUGGACCAACUGGACCUGGAUGAACUGGACCAACUGGACCUGAAUGAACUGGACCAACUGGACCUGAAUGAACUGGACCAACUGGACCUGGAUGAACUGGAUGAACUGGACCAACUGGACCUGAAUGAACUGGACCAACUGGACCUGAAUGAACUGGACCAACUGGACCUGAAUGAACUGGACCAACUGGACCUGGAUGAACUGGACCAACUGGACCUGAAUGAACUGGACCAACUGGACCUGAAUGAACUGGACCAACUGGACCUGAAUGAACUGGACCUGAAUGAACUGGACCUGGAUGAACUGGACCAACUGGACCUGGAUGAACUGGACCAACUGGACCAACUGGACCUGGAUGAACUGGACCUGAAUGAACUGGACCAACUGGACCUGGAUGAACUGGACCUGGAUGAACUGGACCAACUGGACCUGAAUGAACUGGACCUGGGUGAACUGGACCAACUGGACCUGGAUGAACUGGACCAACUGGACCUGAAUGAACUGGACCAACUGGACCUGGAUGAACUGGACCAACUGGACCUGAAUGAACUGGACCAACUGGACCUGAAUGAACUGGACCAACUGGACCUGGAUGAACUGGACCAACUGGACCUGAAUGAACUGGACCAACUGGACCUGGAUGAACUGGACCAACUGGACCUGGAUGAACUGGACCAACUGGACCUGAAUGAACUGGACCAACUGGACCUGAAUGAACUGGACCAACUGGACCAACUGGACCUGGAUGAACUGGACCAACUGGACCUGAAUGAACUGGACCUGAAUGAACUGGACCUGGAUGAACUGGACCAACUGGACCUGAAUGAACUGGACCAACUGGACCUGAAUGAACUGGACCAACUGGACCUGGAUGAACUGGACCAACUGGACCUGAAUGAACUGGACCAACUGGACCUGGAUGAACUGGACCAACUGGACCUGAAUGAACUGGACCAACUGGACCUGAAUGAACUGGACCAACUGGACCUGGAUGAACUGGAUGAACUGGACCUGAAUGAACUGGACCAACUGGACCUGAAUGAACUGGACCAACUGGACCUGAAUGAACUGGACCUGAAUGAACUGGACCUGGAUGAACUGGACCAACUGGACCUGAAUGAACUGGACCAACUGGACCUGAAUGAACUGGACCAACUGGACCUGGAUGAACUGGACCAACUGGACCUGAAUGAACUGGACCUGGGUGAACUGGCUACUGGCGGAGAAGCUCCAGCUGAACACGGUGGAGGUGGAAAGGGCGCACCGUGUAGGGAGACUGAACUGGACCUGAAUGAACUGGACCUGGGUGAACUGGACCUGAAUGAACUGGACCUGGAUGAACUGGACCUGGGUGAACUGGACCUGAAUGAACUGGACCUGGAUGAACUGGACCUGAAUGAACUGGACCUGAAUGAACUGGACCUGGGUGAACUGGACCUGAAUGAACUGGACCUGAAUGAACUGGACCUGGAUGAACUGGACCUGGAUGAACUGGACCUGAAUGAACUGGACCUGAAUGAAGUGGACCUGGAUGAACUGGACCUGGAUAAACUGGACCUGGAUGAACUGGACCUGGAUGAACUGGACCUGGAUGAACUGGACCUGAAUGAACUGGACCUGGAUGAACUGGACCUGAAUGAACUGGACCUGAAUGAACUGGACCUGGAUGAACUGGACCUGGAUGAACUGGACCUGGAUGAACUGGACCUGGAUGAACUGGACCUGGAUGAACUGGACCUGAAUGAACUGGACCUGGAUGAACUGGACCUGAAUGAACUGGACCUGAAUGAAGUGGACCUGGAUGAACUGGACCUGGAUGAACUGGACCUGGAUGAACUGGACCUGGAUGAACUGGACCUGGAUGAACUAGAGAAUUAUAUUCUGAAGAUGAAACGAGCUUCAAUGACUUGA